AUGAGAAUGGAUUAUCAUGAAAAAAACAAUCAUUUUACUAGUAUAAAACAAAAUUUUUGUUUUAUUAACAAGAAAAUUAGUGGGAAUAUCAAAGGGAGUUCAGGGCACAUAAAUAAAGACAUUGUGGAUUUUGAUGAUAAUUCAACAAAUGUUGAAAACGAUGACGGGAGUGAAUAUACCAAAAGUAGCACAAGCAGCAGCAGAGGUAAUUAUGUAAAUGGACACCAUAUAACAGACUCCAGUAGCAGUAAAAGAAAUUAUGUAAAUGUAUACCAUCCAACAGACGCUAGUAGAAGUAGUAGUAGAAGUACUCAAAGCACAAGGAGUUAUAACAAUAUAGGAUCUAUACGCAUAGAGAAGUUCAAAAGUGCCCCUAAUAAAAAUCAUUCAAGGAAUACAUCAAAUACAAAUUUAAUGAAUUAUAUUGGAGGAAAUGAAAAUAAGUUCUAUGAGCCCUAUUCUAAUAAACAAGAUAUAAAUCUCAAUGGAAAAAAUAACUUAUAUAAUUGUGACAAUAAUAACGAUGUAAUAAAUAAUAUGGACGAAAUUAACUUUGUGAAUCAUCGAGAAAAUAAGUGUUCAGGACAAAGUAAUUCAUGUAUUAAAGAAAAAUGUAUACAAGAUGGAAGUAUUAGUAUGAAAUUAAAUAUUCAAAAAAGCAAGGAUAAUAAUUUAUUAUAUCUACAUAAACAUAAACAGAUUGAUGGGAAAUUAAGGAAUCAUUCAAGCAUUUCUGAUUCAAUUAUGAAUCCUACAAAUUGUGCAUAUGAGCCAAGUUCGAGUUAUUUUCAGGAACCAGAAGCCACACAACUCUCUAGUAAUAUUAGCAAAUUUCAGAGUAAUGAUACACUUAAUGACAAAUUUGAAAACAUUAACAUUUUUAAGAGUCAAUACUGUAUUAACACAUUAAUCAAUAAUUCAAAUGUUACAGAGGAUGUGAAUAAUUACUUGUGUGAAAAUAGUGCUAACAUAGAUAAUAAUUCUAUCACUUGUGAGCAGAAUAAAAGUUUUAAAGACAUUGCGAAGAUAACACAGGGUAAUAUUAAUAUUAAUGGGAUUAGAACUGUGAAUGUUAAAAGGGUAGAUAACGUGAGAAACGUAAACAAUGUAAAUAGUACAGGUAUAAGUAUAAAUGGAAAUGAUAAUGAAAAUGUGAAGGUGAAGGAUAGACAUUGUAACACUUCUUAUCCAAAAAAUAGUGCCCCAAUGUUGUAUAAAAGUAGUAACUUCCCAAUAAAUAUGCAAAAUAUUAGGAUGGAAAAAAAAACACAUGAUAAUAUUAUUGUACCAGAUGAUAGUUCCAUAUCCUCCUUUUUUGAAACAGAAUUACAAACAAAGAACUCGAAUAUGAUGUGCUACAGGAAUAAUAAGCAUGAGAAUUAUAGUAGUUCCAAAAGUGGUGGUACAAACAAAGCAGGUGGCAAUAAUAAAGAUGUUAAUAAUUAUAGAGGAAAUAGUAACGUAAAUAAUAGCAGUAAUGGUGGAAAUAACAAUAAUAGCAAUAAUAGUGGAAAUAACAAUAAUAACAGUAAUAGUGGAAAUAGUGGACAUAGAAGCGGAAAUAACAACAGAGAUAGUGGAAAGGAUGAUGAUAAAGAUAGUCAUAGAGAUGGUCGUAGGGACGGUUUCAAUGAUGAGCAUAAGGAUGAUGAAAUUGAAAGCAAUAAGGAGGACGAAGAGAAUGAUAAUAAAGAAACCAAUAAAAGUAACAGUAGAGGAAAUCGUAAAAAUAACAGUUCUGAUAGGAGAAACGAUUGUACUUUGAAAGAUAACAAUGUGACCAAGGGUGAAAAAAAAAAAAAAAUCACUAAAGAUUCCAUAAUUAUCAAAUGCAGUAAUGGGAAAAGCAACAAGAAUAGCAGCAGUAGCAUGAAUGAAAACAGUACUAAUAAUUUAACUAAGACAAAUGCGAAUAUUGCUAGUGAAACUAACAACAGCAUGAACAUCUAUAGCAGCAUGGAGAGCCAUCAAAAUAAUGUCAUUUCAUAUGCAAAUAUAAUUUUUGGGAAAACGAAAAACGGAACGAAAUGCAACUCUACAUCCUCUAUAAAUAGAAUGAACGAUUUUCCAAAUAAUAUUAACAGCAAAAUGUACACGAAUUUUUCCAACUCAUAUGAUAACAAUGACAGUUUUAUGAAUGUUGAUGAUAGUAUAAACAGUUGUAACACGGGUAGCGUGGACUUAAGAAUUAUUAAUCAGGAUAAUGGACAGGGCCUAUCGAGCGGUUUAAACGGGGGAUGCAAUAUAAAUGUAAUGUAUAAUAACUUAAAUGGGAUUGGAAACGUAAACGGGAUGGGAAGCAUGCACGAAAUGAACAAUCCAAACGGAUUUACCAAUGUGAUGAACGAUAUUAAUAUCUCAAGCAGUAUGAACAGCUUUUCCGAUCCACAGAGCAAUACAGGAACGUUUUUUAAUAUAGACCAUAACGAAUUUAUGCAUAUAUGCAAGAACAGUUUUAAUUUGAAUAAUGAUGGAAAUAUAGAAGGAUGCAAUGAAAAAUACUUGCAUAUGGAAAAUAGCUUAAACAGUGCAAAUGGCAUGAACAAUAAUAAUAGUAAUAACACACUAUUUAAUUCUAUUAAUAAUAAUAAUAAUAAUAGUAGUGGUGGUAAUGGUAGUGGUAAUAGUAAUGUAUAUGAAGGAAACUAUACAAUGCAGAGUACAAGAGGAGGACUAGAAGGAAUCGUGGGGAGUCAGGGAGGACAUGUGCACAUGAAUAUGAACAACUUAAAGGAAGAUUACAUGAGCUAUGGAAAUAACAUUAUGAUGCAAAACAGUAGUGGCCUUUUUUAUAAUGGAAAUAAAGAAAAAGUACACAUAAGCAUGAACGAAAAUAUGAACAAAUUUCAUGAAGACAAAAAAAAUAAUUCAUUUCAUUUUAAUAAUAAUAUACCAGAAAAAUGUGAAGAAGAAAGGAUGAUACAAAGUGGUUAUCUGAAAAUGAAUUUAAAUGAAUUGAACAAGUAUGAAAAUGAUAAUUUCAAUAAUAAUAUGUUGAAAAAUGAGUGUUUUUUUAACAAAGAUAAUAUUAAAACACUGGGAGAAAGUAAUAUGAUUAUAAACAUGAACGAUAAUUUUCAAAACGACAAACAGAUGAAUCAAAAUUUAGAAGACAGCCUAAAUUAUAAUGAAGCGAAUACUUUAAAUUUAUUAAAUAUUGCUUUUAACGAAAUAUAUCAAGAUAAAAAAAUUAUGAUUGAGAAAAUUAUUACAAAGAAAUUUUUGUGUAAGCUGACCAAAAUUUUAAAAGAUAUAAAUCCAGAUAGUAUAAGAGUAAAGGGAAGACAAUUAAAGCGAUUGAUACAAUUAAAGAAAGAAUUCACAAAAAAGGAAGAAAAAAUUGUUAAUAAGGAAGGGGCAGUUAGCCUGCAUGGCAAUAAUGCAAAUAUAUACAAUAGCAACAAUUGUUUGAUUGUGGACGACAGGACGCAUAAAAUGAUCAAAUGUGGAAAUGACCAACUUGGGAAUCAUGCAAAAGAUGAAAAAAGUUGGAUAUCUAGUGAUGACGUUGAGAACAGGAAAGGUAACAACGACAGCAAUGGGAAUAGCAAUAAUGGAAGCAGCAACAGCGAUGGGCUCUCUGAACUGAAAAAAGUGCAAGAGCCAAAAAAAAAAAAAAAAAAUAAAAAGGGUGAAAAGGGAGAAAAAGGCAAAAAUAGCGAAAAGGGGGAAAAAGGAGAAAAAUGCAAAAAUAGAGAAAAAGACGAAACUAGCGAAAAGGGCGAAACUAGCGAAAAAAGCAAAAAUAGCGAAAUAAAGGAAUCCCAAUCCCGUGACACACAUAACGCAACUGACAAGAAUGAUAUAAAAAAUAAAAAGGAAGCCGAAAAUAACCUGAACACGCAAGGUGAAUUGAAAAAUCAAAAUAAAAGAAAUGAUCACAUAUGCCCACAGGACGACAAAAGUUGCAUGGGAGAAAAGCAGGGGAAAAAUACGAAAAAGGGGAAAGAAGACCCAACGGAAGAAAUUCCAAAUAAUAAGAAGAAUAAGAACGAUUCUAAGAAUGGCAUCGACAGAAAUUCUAACAAUGUAGAAAUUUGCAAGCACAUUGAAAAUAAAAGUGACAGUGUUAUAUCAAAUGAACAAGGAAAGCAAGAGGAAAACAGUUGUGUUGAAACCACAAAGAAUGUAGCCCAAAAUGAAUCACACAAUCAUAGUUCAAAGGAAGAAGUAGAAAAUUUAGGUGGUGAAGAAUCAAUGAUGCAGAAUAGAAUAUCUGAUAAGGGAAAAUUUGACGCAGCUGAUAAAACUAAUAAUAAUAAUGGUUGUGAGGGAGGUGAAAAUUCUUACAUGAGUGAAAGUACAGAUGUGGAUUUUUACGAUGACAGUAGUGAGGAAAAUGAAAAUGAUGAUAGUAAAUAUAUCACGUGUAUUAACGAGAGAUAUAAAGAAAUAAAAAUUGAAGAAGAUGUAAUCAUAAGAAGAGAUGUUAUCUUCUUUAACUUGUUAAAAUACAUUAUUAAAAAAAAAACAUCAGAAGAUAUGUUAAUAUAUUUACAUUUGUUAAGUGCUAUAAAAAUUGAGAAAAUAUUUGAUCACAUUACACAAUUAUCGUGUGAUAUUUUUAAUACUCUUUUAAAUUCUAUCGAAAUGACAAAGGAUUCAUCAACAUAUAGAUUAUUAUUAAAAAAUUUAGGUGCAUGGAUAGGUAUAAUAACGAUUGGAAGAAAUAAACCACUAAUGUCAAAACAUAUGAACAUUAAACAGUUAAUUUUAUAUUCAUAUGAUAAUGGAUAUUUAAUAGUUACAUUUCCAGCUGUGUGUAAAAUAUUGGAAAGUAUUAAAAAUUCGAAAAUAUUUAGACCACCAAAUCCUUGGACUGUUGGUAUUUUAAAUUUGUUAGGAGAAUUACAUGAAGCGCAAUCGUUAAAAACUAUUUUAAUUUUUGAAAUAGAAUUAUUAUUUAAUUAUUUUAAAAUUAACGUUUUUGAUUAUUACAACAAAUGUAAUAUUAUAAAGUGUCGUAGCUUGCCAAUCAAUACUAAUGAUUUAUUUGUUAGGAAUAAUUUCAGCGAAAAUUCUACUAUAAAUAUGAAUUAUUUAAAUGAGAAUAACAUGAUGAGUGCUUAUUCAAAUCCUGAUCAAAUGCACAUGUUUAAUAAAUCUUACAAUACAUGUGCCAAUUUUUAUGGUGAAAAUUUUGUACAUCAAAAUGGUAACACUGCUGGCAGUAGUCGAAAUAGUGAAAGAAUCAAUAGGGGAAUGGAAUCGGUAGGAUCCGAUGCAAAUGAUGGAUUCAUAAUAAAUAAGGAUACUAGAUUUAACGCAAUGAAUAAUUAUAACUCCACAUCUAAUAUCAUUACAACAGCGAACAGCAAUAACAACCAUGCCAAUGAAUUUAUGACCCAUAAAAAUGAUAUUUCCAAUUUAUUAAAUAAAAAUAGAAAAGGAGAAGAUAUGAAACAAGCGAGCAUUAUUAACGACAUCUGUUCACACAUGGACAUGCAUAACAACAACGGCCAUAGUAGUAGUAAUAUUAAUCCUAAUUUGAUGAACAAUUUGAAUAUCUUGAAUAGUGGAAGCAAAAAUGCUUCAAACUUGACAUACAACUCAUCUGUAGAUGUAAUAGUACAACAAAAUAAUAACAUAAACAAUAACAGUAAUGGUAAUAGUAUUGUAAAUAAAAACAGAUUCAUGAGCUCCAGUUUGACCCAACCCGUGUCCCCAAAAGGAUUUCAAAAAGGUUUAGAAAAUAAUUUCAAAUCGAUCAGUAAAAAUAGUAUGAAUAAUGAAAUGAUCAUAAAAAAUAGUAAUAAUAGCACGUUGAAAAAAUUGUCAGGUAAUAUUAGCACGAAGGAAAAUCAACACAUGCCUAUUUUUAACUACAUGAACGCAGAUACGAAUAAAUUUAACAGUAUUAUGUAUUCAAAAAUUAACGGAGGAAUUGGUAGAACAGACAUGUGUGUAGUAGAGAAUGACGAACUGUAUAGUGGAAGUUCCAACAUUGGUGGUAGUGGUGUUGGUGGUGUUGGUGGUGUUGGUGGUGUUGUGGGCAGUAUCAAUGGAAACAUCAACGGGAAUAUUAACAGUAGCAGUAAUAGCGUGUGCAGUAAGAAUUCGGAUUUCCUACAUCUUCUGAAUAACAAAGGAGCGGGAGGUCAAAGCAUCGUGAACAACAAGAGUGAAGAACUUCUAAUGAAUGAUUUAAAAAUUGCUGCCAAGAAAAAGGAAAAAAUAAUGGAUUCAGAGUUUAAAGAUAUUUCAUUCAAAAAUGGAAAUUAUGUUUUGGGUAAAAAUAAAAUUCCGUUAAGCAAUAAAAAUGACGUGGCGGUUUAUAAAACUUUUGAUCUGAAAAAUGCAAAAGUGACAUCUAAAAAAGAAAUAUAUGAAUGUGUGAAAAGGGAUUCCUAUGUAUCGUCAGCAUCAUCGAGUAUUUUAAAUAUAAAAAACAAUUUUGUAGAAUCAUCAUCUAGUAUGAAGAAUAACAAUAGCAACACGCCUCCUUUACCCCAAGCCCAUAUCCACUUCGAUAAAUUGAAGGUUAACGAGAAUAGUGGUAGCAUUAUUGGUGGAAACAACACUAAAAGUGCAAGUAAUGGAAAGUCCAGCAUGCAGAAUAUCGACAAUAGCAAUAGUAACAUUAGUAAUAGUAACAAUAAUAAUAGCAUUAUCAGCAGCAAUAGCAACAAUAACAAUGCAGGAAAUAAAACCACAGCACCAUCUUCUCAACAUGGCAUUGGAAAUGAUGCUAACCAAAAAAUGGUAAGCACACCACCAUACCACGAGAAUUUGAAUAAGAACAAAUUUAACGAAAUGUUAAAUGAUGAAAUAUUAAACAUAUUAAAGAAAAAUAUUGUGAUAUCAGUGAAUAUUGUUGCAGCAAUUAAAUUAACACCAAAAUGCAAAACUUUAAUUUAUUUAGCCUUCGAUUCAGCAAUAAAAGAAAUAAUUACAUCUGUCGUAGAUAGGUUCGUUUUAAUUGGAUGUAUAACAACAAGAGAAUUAGUAAAAAAGGAUUUCGCAAACGAGUUGAAAGAAACUAUUAUGCAUAAAGCUUCUUUGCUAAUGGCGACGAGCAUAUCAUCCUCUCUUGUUUUAGUGUCAUGCAAAAAGCCUCUAAAAAAUAUUUUAAUACAAAAUUUAAGAAGUAUUAUUGAACAGAAUUGUUCUUCAGAAUUAAAUAACACAAUUGUGGACGAUGUUGUGAAAGGGUUAAUUAAUGAUAAUAUAGAUUUAAUAUAUUCCAUAAUCGAACAAGUAGCUAUAGAAAAAUCAUCCAUAGAAAUUGAGGAAAUUAUGAAACCAAUUUAUUCUUCUAGAAAAUAUGCACGUAUACAUAAAUUAAAUAUAAAGGAAAAUUUUAAUAACAAAUACUAUAACGCGUUGCCUGUUUUUUUAAAAGCUCAUAACAUAACCUUAAAGCAUAUUCAAGUGUAUAAAAAUUUUAUGAAUUUAAAAAUUUUAUCAAAUUUACAACAAAAGUUAUUUUCACCGAAUUCAGUAGAUCAAGAAGGUUUAUCAAAUGAAAAUGAUAACAUUGGAUCAUGUUAUCAAAAUUGUCGUAGUGGUCAAAAUAGUUUAAACCAUCCCAAAAUGUUAAAUCAUCAAAAUGGACUAAUCUAUCAGAACUAUCAAAAUAGAAAGAAUAGUGAAAACUUACUAAAUUAUGGCCCAUUCUCAAGCACAUUAUAUAACAAUAAAAAAUAUAUAUCGAAUCCAUUAGAUGGUAGAAAUGGAGAAAUUGUUAAUUAUCCCAAGGAGGAACAAGAUAGAGAAUAUAGUAAGGAUAAUGAUAUCUCUUUUAAAAUAGUCAGAAAAACGGAGAUGAAAGAAGAUAAUGAGAAAGCUGCUAAUAAAUGUUUGGAUGAAAAAUAUUAUGAUGAAAGUAAUGCAGAUAAUGAAGAGAAAUGUAUCAAUAAUCAUAUAAGCAUCAAUGGAGGAAGCAUUAAUAUGUCGCAACAGAAAAGCUUAACCUUGUCAAACCUGAACUACAGCAAUAAUGGAGUAAAAUAUAUAUCUGGCAAUAAUAAUGGCUUGAAAGAUAAUGCAAAUUUUCACCUAGGUAAUAUGAAUACUAAUAAUAACAUAAAUAUCAUAAAUAAUAUAAAUGAUAUAAAUUAUGUUAGCAAUAUUAAAUGUGUUAAUAAUGCUAAUAAUGCAAAUUUUAUGAACCAUUUUAAUUCAUAUAACACUUCUAAUAAUACGUAUAUAUAUAAAAUUCCAAAUAAUUUCAACUGCAAUAAUUCUGAUCAUAAUUUUAAUACAAAUAAUAGGUAUGUGAACAUAGAUAAUGUGAACAACUCGGCUAAUGCUCAGGGGUAUAAUAAUUACGUUGGAAACUAUGAACAACACAAUGGCAAGAAUUUCACUGAAAUGGAUAUUAGCUCACAAUCAGGAUUUACUAACAGUUACGAGGACAGAUGUUCCAAUGGUUUAAUCUCACCCAAUUCUAUAUCCACUCCAACUUUUUCUACGACUUCUCAAGCCUUCUCCGCUUCUCCACAAACAUUUACUGAUCCAGCAUCAAUUUCUGUCACUGCUACUUCUGCACCCUUAUCUACGAACACUAACUACGCAUGUAAUAAUCCAAUGACCAUUAACAACCUGAAUGUCAAUGCAAAUUCAUUAACCACUCAUGAUGAAGACAACUUUAAUAUCAGUGUGAAUUAUGAUAAUCAAAUGGAAAACAUCACAUGUAGUACCAUGAAUACGAAUUAUAUGAGAAAUAUGAAAAAUGGAAAUUUUAACUUUAAUGGGAAAAACUCAGUUUUAUGCAUCUCAGAACAAGGCAUGGGUGGCGCAACUAUGAAUGGAGCAACUAUGAAUGGAGCAACUAUGAAUGGAGCAACUAUGAAUGGAGCAACUGUGAAUGGAGCAACUGUGAAUGGAGCAUACGCGAAAAUAGACUCAGCAAUGUGUCGGAAUGUGAAUGCUUCCGUCCGCACGAACAACGGCAAUCGCAUCAGUUUUGACAAUGUUUUGAACAGUUCAUCGAUAAAUCAUCGUGGUGUAAAUAACUCAAUGAAACGAAAUUCAGUAAUGAUAACGGAAAAUAUUGAUAUAGAUAAAAAGGGAACCACUGCUGGUAUUUAUAAUUCCAUCAGUGGCGUUAGUGAAAAUGGAUUCAAUGAGAAUAAUGGAAAUAAUGCGUACAGGGCCAGUGGUGAUGAUGACUCCAACACGAACACAGCUAGCAAGUGGCGUGUGAACGAAAAUGCAAAUAUGAAUUUGAAAAAAAUAAGGAAUGUUGACAUGUCAUGCAAACACAAGUUUUUGUUUUUCAUGUCAGAUAUUUUUUUAAGAGAAAAUAUGAACAAAAUAAAUGUCAAAGAUAUUAUACCACUCUUUGAAUUUUGUAUGACAAACAUUAAAGAAUAUGUUAAAUAUAUUCUGACGUUUCCACCUAUUGUACCUACGGUAAAUAAUUUUAAUGAUUAUUGCAAUGUUAAGACUCCAUAUUUUAAAUUUGAAAAAUUAACAUGCGCUGAAACUCCAUCCCUUUUAAUAUUAUCAUGCUUAUCAACGAAUCAUGAAAUUUUUAUUCUUUGUAAGGUAAUUAUAUACAUGUGUGAAAAUGCAGUAGAUAAGAAUGAUACAUAUAAAAUUAUAGGCACUAAGCUGUAUAAAUAUAUUCAGGAGACAAUAAAAGAGAUAAUGAUAAAUUUAACCAAUGUAUCACAAAACGCAGGUGAAUGUAUUGAUACAUUGAAUAAUAAUCGAAACGAUAAUGAGAUGAAUAGUAACUCAUUUUUAUCAGCGAGUGGUAGAAGUAGUAAGAAUGAGAAUGGUGCUAAUAAUGGUAAGAAUGAUACACAUAAUGAAAACAUAACAAAUGGAAAAUCACGUGAGGAAAAAUGUGUACAGAACAGAAGAGGAGUGAACGAAUUGUUCAUUCUAAUAGAAAUACAAUUAUGCAUAUUAGAACGUAUGUGUAAAAAUAAUAAAGAACUGAAGAAACUAGUUACUUCUUACAUGCUAAAUUCUCUUGGUCAUAAUUUAGGAAACAUAACUUUAUUCACACGAUACAAUAUCAUUGAUCACAAAAAUUUAGAUAAAACUAUAUCAAAGUUUUUGAAAAAUGCCACUAACAUGAAUAUUAUCGAGUUUUGUAGUGAUUUAAUUAGAUGUGUAGUUAUUAAAAAGAAAUAUUUAAAAUUAGAACAUUUAAAAAAAACAAUUAAUAAGCUAAUUAAGAUAUAUAAAAUGAUGUCCAGUGAUAAUCAGUACAUUCAUAUUCCUCCGGUGAAACAAAUUCUGAUACAAAAUGUAAAAAACAGUUUAACUCAAAUGAUUCAGGAGCUUAAGGUGGCAAAGAACAAACGCAAUGAGCUUGAGCGGGAAGAGGAGAAGAAAGAGGAGAAAGAGCAAGAAGAAAAAGAAGAAAUGUUCACAAAAAAAAUGUUGAGGACCCUAACUGAGUAUAUAUAUGCAUCAAAGGAAUAUGGGGAAAAGGGAAGAAGAGAAAAUUGUGACAUGAUAAUUCGGAAAGAAGCAAUUCAUAUCCAGGGGAAAGCUAGUAUACAAAAAGGUAUAGAAACGAGUGAAGAAUGUCAGGUACAUCUGGGAACCAUAAACGAGGAAGAGAGGGAAAAAGAGACUUCAAAAGAGACUUCAAAAGAGACUUCAAAAGAGACUUCGAAAGAGACUUCGAAAGAGAAUACAAAAGGGAAUUCGAAAGAGAAUGCGAAAGAGAGUACGAAAGAAAGCGAAAUGAAUAGCCAAAAUCUUGACCUAAAAGAAAACCAAAGUAACAAGAAAAAAAACACAAACUCAAGGAAUAAACACAAAAAUGAAAACAAACUGCCAAAUGAAGAGGAGAAGGAGCCCUGUGAUAAGAAUAAACAAUCGACUCCAAGUUGCACCACAGGGGAAAAGAAGAAUAACAAAUGUGAAAACAAAUCUUCACUCAGUUCUAUGGAGGAGAAGAAUAAUGCUGUUGUUAAAAGUUGUGAGUUCUUUUUUCUAGGUAACUUAAAAAUUCAAUAUGACCAUAAUAAUGUAGAUGAAUGCACCAUGUUCUUACUUGAGAAGCUUAGCUUCGAGAAUAAAUCCUUUAAUAUGAAAGAAAUUAGAAAGAAUGAAAUUUUAAAUACGAAUGUGCACCAGGAAUUGAACUCUGAGAAGAAAGAAAUUGGCAACUCGGAUGAAACGAACAUAAGUAACAACAAAGAGAAACACGCAAGUUAUAAUUUAAAAAAUAUUUCCACGAAAAAUAUAAAUGCAAACAUAGUUAAAAAGGAAGAUGAAAAUUUGAAGAACUCCACAGAGUGCAGUGAAAAUGGUAAAAAUAUUUGCAGUGAUGAAAACAAUUUUAGAUGUUCUUCAUUACACUCAGUUGAAUCGAAUAGUUUGGAGUUGUCAGGUUAUUCCUCCUCCAACUCCUCAAAUUCAUUUUCCUCAUAUAGUGAAGGAGGGGAAGAUGACGAUGAAGAAGAAGCAGAAACAGACUUUGAUGAUGGCAUGUCUUCAUCAAGUUCCUCAGGGUUGGAUUCCUCCAUAUCAAACGGAUCUGCGUUAAGUACCUUGUCAUCCUCCUACAAUUUAAUGAAGUCAGAACUACAAAAAGAGAUAAAUUUUAAAAUUCAAGAUAUUCCAAAGAACAAUUUAAUAAAUUACGUUCCAAGCGUAAAAGAAACCAAUAAUAUGAAUAAAAAGUUGGCAAAAGAGUUCACACAUUAUUUAUACGUACACGACAUAUUAAACAAACCUGUAAGAUGUAAAUACUUACCAGCGCCACCAUUAAUUAGCGAAGAAAAAGGGAUAGUUAUUGCAUGCCUUUUUGCAGAAUGGUAUUUUAUAUAUAAAAAUUAUUUAAAUGUUUUAAAAAUGAGUAUAUCUAAUGAUAUGCUCGAUGUUAUCAAGCAACAACAUAAAUUGAAGUGUGCAAAAUAUUUUCAAAAGGUAUCAAAUCAUGGGUUUUUAAAUGUAGAUCAUGUGACAGAUCAGUUUUUAACACACACAAUUAACAUUGCGGUUAACAUAGCUUUGCAUAAUUUGGAAAAGAGUACUAUAACUAACAGAAACUGUACCAUGCUAGUGCUAGAAGAAAAAAAAGGUGAAGAAGCAAAAGAAGGUCAAGAAGCAGAGGCGGUGACAAAAAGGAAUAAUAUCCAGAGCGAGACCAAUGCAGGGUGCCAAGAGAAAUCGGUGGAGGUAAACUCUGCAUAUCAAACGAAAGAACCAGAGGAAAGAAAAACGAAUGAAGAUGCAGUGAAUGUGGAAAAAUUGUCUGAAAAAAGUAAUUGUCAGAUGAACGAAGUUAGUGAGAGUAAGAACGUGAUUAGUGAUAAUAAGAACAUAGCUAAUGGGAGCAAGAACGUGAUUAGUGAUAAUAAGAACAUAGCUAAUGGGAGCAAGAACGUGAUUAGUGAUAAUAAGAACAUAGCUAAUGGGAGCAAGAACGUGAUUAGUGAUAAUAAGAACAUAGCUAAUGGGAGCAAGAACGUGGUUAGUGAUAAUAAGAACAUAGCUAAUGGGAGUAAGAACGUGAUUAGUGAUAAUAAGAACAUAGCUAAUGGGAGCAAGAACGAGAUUGAAGAAAACAAAGACGAUUGUAACUGGAGCGCUCUAAAUGAACCAGAAAAUGAACACGCGAAGAACGAUUUUAUAAAAUGUAAAAAAAAUGACGAAGAUUUAAGAAAAGCACACAAAACUAGCGAUUUGUUAAACUACAAUUACAUAGAUGCAUGGCCAAAAAUGGUUGUAAGUCUGAUUAAGCUAGUAGAUGUAGAAGAAAUAUCCCCAAUUGUAGUAUUUCAAAAGGUUCUGCAUGUUAUAUGUAGAGUCAUACACAAGAAAUGUGAAAUCGAAAAGGAGAAAUUUAACCAGAGACCUUAUUUUAGAUUAUUACAUUGUUUAUUAGUAGAUAUUUACGAAGGCUGUGUACAUUCAAGUGAUUUGUAUAUAUAUAUGAAUUGUUUUGCGAAAUGUUUUUCCCUUUUAUCACCUUUGAGAAUUCCUGUAUUUUGCUUUUCGUGGUUAGAGCUUAUAUCAUCAAAGUAUUUUAUGCCAAAAAUGCUAGCAAAAUUUUGUGGUUGGGAAGCUUAUAAAAAGUUACUGAUUUCUCUUUUUACCUUUUUGAAGUCCUUUUUAAAUAAAAUACAAGUAUCUAAAGCAGUAGAGGCAUUAUAUUUAGGAACUAUAAGAAUUCUUCUUGUGUUACUACAUGAUUUUCCAGAUUUUUUAUCGUGCUACUAUGUGACCUUUUGUAAUUUAUUUCCUAUUAAUUGUAUCCAGCUAAGGAAUCUUGUUCUUUCUGCGUUCCCAAGAAACAUCAAAUUACCUGACCCCUUCAUGUCUGAUGUGAAAAUUGACUUGUUACAAGAAAUUAAGCUAGUGCCCAAAAUUAUGACAAACAUAGUUUUCCCACUUUUUAAAAAUAAUUUUAAAAAUGUAAUUGACGAAUAUUUUUGUAAAAGAGAUAUUAAAUUACUUGUAGAUAUUAAGGACAUGUUAUAUUUAUCAAAAAAUAAAACUUAUCAAUAUUCUGUCAAGUAUGAUGUAGAUGUUAUAAACUCCUUGACGCUGUAUGUAGGAACUAACAUUUGCAAAGCUAAAGUAAAUAACAUGUUUAGGUUUAACAGUAAUUGUGAUCCAAUACUUUUAGUUAAAUGUCAAGGCAGUAACAAUAAUAACCCAGAUGAUGUGAAAGAUAUCAUGUUACAAGAAGUUAUUAUAGAUGAUAACCGUGAGAAGAAAAAAAAAGAAAAAAAGAAAGAAAAAAAAAAAAAAAAAAAAAAAAAAUUAUCCAAUGCUACGAAACUGAGUAAAGUUCAAAAGAAAGAUAAAAAAAUAUUGGAACAACAUUUGCCUAAAAAAUAUGUAGAUCUUAUGAGAGAAAAUAAUGAAGAGGGUGCAGGACACGAAUUUCUAGGAAAUUAUGAUGAUGAAAAUGGAGAGGCAUUGGUAAAGGAUCUUCUAGGUGAUGAUGGCGAUGAUAAUAUUGGAAGCAUCUGCGGGAAUAAGAAAAAGAAAAUAACUGUUACAGUUGUUAAAAAUAAUUUGGCUUAUACGUUAUUUCUAUAUUUAUGCAAAGAAUUAGAUAUGGAAGGAAGAUAUUUGUUAUUGUCAAAUAUAGUGAAUCAUAUAAGAUAUCCGAAUUCGCAUACCCACUACUUUUCUUGUCUUAUAUUAUUUUUAUUUUCUCAAUCAAGCGAUGUUAUCAUUCAAGAACAAAUAAUUCGAGUUCUCUUGGAACGAAUCUUAGCACAUAGACCUCACCCCUGGGGAUUGUUAAUAACUUUUAUUGAAUUAAUAAAAAAUGCCAAAUUUCACUUUUGGGAAUGCCCAUUUGUCCACGCAGCAAUAGAGAUUAAGAAGCUGUUCCAGUCAGUAGCUCAAGCAUGUCUAGGGCGUUCCUAA